AUGAUCAUAGUGAAUUACAUCCAAUGAGUACUGAUAAGCCUGAUAUCAUUACUGGAAUAAACGUCCAUUGUGGAUUUUUCUUAGAUUGCCUAAAGGUUAAAUAUAAAAAUCAAAUCGGAACCCCUACCGGAAAUGCAAAGGGAGGAGAUGCGUUUACUAUUCGAGGUCUUGAUGAGAAGUAUAAUUAUGUAGUUGGUGUGAAUGUUCAUUUUCGUGAACGAGUUGUUAGUGGCAUUCAAUUCGUUAUGUCAGAUGGUCAAAAGACACAAAUUUUUGGAAAUGGAGAAGCAAAUCAAAAAACAAUAGAAGUCAUUUGUGGACCUAUAGGUUAUAAUAACGAUUUCAAAUUGGUAGGGAUUCAAAUGGCAGAAUCAAAAGCUACUGAGCAUUAUAAUCUUUGUGUUG